AUGGUGAAGGCACGGAUGACGACGACGGACGUGGCGGCGGAGGUCAAGUGCCUCCGCCGCCUCAUCGGCAUGCGCCUCGCCAACGUCUACGACAUCACCCCCAAGACGUACCUUUUCAAGCUUAUGAACAGCAGUGGGAUUACUGAAUCAGGGGAAAGCGAGAGGGUCUUGUUGCUCAUGGAGAGUGGUGUCAGGUUCCACACCACCCAAUACGUCCGCGACAAGAGCACCACCCCCUCGGGUUUCACUCUUAAACUACGAAAGCACAUUCGUAACAAGAGACUUGAAGAUGUCCGUAUGCUCGGAUAUGACAGGAUUAUCCUUUUCCAAUUUGGGCUUGGCAGUAAUGCACAUUUCAUAAUUCUGGAGCUCUAUGCACAAGGAAAUAUUCUUCUCACGGAUUCAGAAUACACAGUGAUGACACUACUACGUUCUCACAGAGAUGACAACAAAGGAUUGGCCAUCAUGUCACGUCAUCGCUAUCCAGUAGAAGCUUGCCGUGUUUUUGGCAGGACUGACUUUGCAAAGUUAACGGACAUGUUGACCGUGCCUGAUAAGGCUGAUGAUAAAGAGGAAAUUACAACUGGAUCAACUGAUGCUCAGGAACCUUCUCAAUCUACCAAUGAUGAAGUGUUGGUAACUGAAAUAUCUGAAAAAUCACUGAGUAGAAAAGAAAAGAAGGCCGCUGCAAAAGCUAAGCAGUCUGGUUCAAAUGCAAAAGCAAAUAAUGGUGCUCAAUCCAAUAAAGCUACCCUGAAGACAAUUCUUGGUGAGGCACUGGCUUAUGGCCCUGCACUAGCGGAGCAUAUCAUAUUGGAUGCUAGUUUGGUUCCAAGUACAAAGGUUGGGAAAGAUCCAGAGAGUACUAUCGAUGACAGCACUGUUCAGGCUUUAAUGGAAUCUAUUACAAGGUUUGAGGACUGGCUUGUAGAUAUUAUAUCUGGCCAAAAGGUUCCUGAGGGUUAUAUUCUCAUGCAGAAUAAGAUUACCGCAAAGAAGAACCUCACACCCUCGGAAGAGGCUUCAACUAAUCAUAAGAUAUAUGAUGAAUAUUUCCCUAUUCUGCUGAACCAAUUCAAGUCAAGGGAAUAUAAUGAAUUUGCGACAUUUGAUGCGGCACUAGAUGAGUUCUACAGCAAAAUAGAAAGUCAAAAGGUGAAUCAACAGCAGAAAGCAAAAGAAGAAUCUGCAGCUCAGAGGCUGAAUAAAAUAAAAUUGGAUCAGGAGAAUCGUGUGCAUACAUUGAGGAAGGAAGUGGACCAUUGUGUCAAAAUGGCAGAACUAAUUGAAUACAAUUUAGAGGAUGUAGAUGCAGCAAUUUUGGCUGUGCGUGUUUCUCUUGCAAAUGAAAUGAGUUGGGAAGUUCUUACUCGCAUGAUUAAAGAGGAAAGAAAGGCUGGAAACCCAGUAGCAGGCCUUAUUGAUAAACUAAAUUUUGAAAGAAAUUGUAUCACUCUACUCUUGAGCAAUAAUCUUGAUGACAUGGAUGAGGAUGAAAAAACUGCACCUGUGGAAAAGGUAGAGGUUGAUAUAGCACUUUCUGCACAUGCUAAUGCAAGACGGUGGUAUGAAAUGAAGAAGAAACAGGAAAGUAAACAAGAGAAGACUAUCACAGCUCAUGAGAAAGCAUUUAAAGCAGCUGAGAAGAAGACACACCUUCAGCUUGCUCAGGAAAAAACGGUAGCUGCAAUCACUCAUAUGCGCAAAGUUCACUGGUUUGAGAAAUUCAAUUGGUUCAUCAGCAGUGAAAACUACUUGAUUAUCAGUGGCCGAGAUGCUCAACAAAACGAGUUGAUUGUGAAGCGCUAUAUGUCCAAAGGAGAUCUGUAUGUGCAUGCCGAGUUACAUGGAGCUUCCAGUACUAUAAUCAAGAAUCACAAACCUGACACUCCUAUUCCACCGUUAACAUUAAACCAAGCAGGAUGCUUCACUGUUUGCCACAGCAAAGCAUGGGAUUCAAAAAUUGUUACAAGUGCUUGGUGGGUGUAUCCACAUCAAGUUAGCAAGACAGCUCCUACUGGCGAGUACCUUACUGUUGGUAGUUUUAUGAUCCGUGGCAAGAAAAAUUUUCUUCCACCUCACCCCCUUGUUAUGGGCUUUGGUAUACUCUUCCGCUUGGAUGAGAGCUCCUUGGCAUCUCAUCUGAAUGAAAGGAGGGUUAGGGGUGAAGAUGAGGCCCUCCAAGAAAUGGAAGCAGAGUCUCGCAAGAAGCAAAGUAACCCUGAAUCUGAUGAAGAAAUUGGUAGUGAUGAAGGUGCAAACAAGGAAACUCAUGAAGAUGAAACAAGCGGGCAAACUACAAACAUUCAACAAAAUAAUGAUCUUGAGCUUCCUGAUCUCUCUAGUAAUAUUGGUACUGCCAACUCAACUGAACUUCUUCCUGAAAUCCAAGCUGAGGAAACCUUGGACAAUGGAAGUUCCAUUUCUAAGGAAGAAACAAUCCAAGCUGAGGAAACCUUGGACAAUGGAAGUUCUGUUUCUAAGGAAGAAACAAUCGAAGCUUCUGUUUCAUCUCAACUUGAUGAUCUGCUAGAUAAGACUCUUCGCCUUGGCCCUGCAAAGGUGUCAGGUAAAAGCUCUUUGCUCACCAGCAUCCCUUCAAGUUUAGCAGAAGAUGACGAUGAUCUUGAAGUGAAAAGGCCAACUAUAAGAGACAAACCAUACAUAUCGAAAGCAGAGAGAAGAAAAUUGAAGAAGGGCCAAGUUAAUGGUGAAACUGCUACUGAUUCUCAAAAUGGUGAAGCUGUAGAAACACCAGGUACUUCAAAGCAAGAAAAGGGAAAGGCAGACACAAAGGCUACUGAUUCUAAAGCAAGUCAGCCAGGUACUUCACAGCAAGAAAAAGGAAAGGCAAACUCAAAGGCAACUGGUUCUAAAUUAAGCCAGCCAGGUAAUUCACAGCAAGAAAAGGGCAAGGGAAGCACUCAGGCUGCUAAUGCUAAAGUAAGCCGUGGACAGAAAGGGAAGCUUAAGAAGAUUAAAGAGAAAUAUGCAGAGCAGGAUGAAGAAGAAAGGGAGAUCCGUAUGGCAUUGCUUGCGUCAUCUGGGAAAGCAUUGCGGAAGGACAAACCUUCACAAGAUGAAGAAACCUCUGUUAAAGAAUCAAAACCAUCAGCUGGUGAAGAUGACUCGUCAAAAAUAUGUUAUAAAUGCAAAAAAGCUGGACAUCUUUCUCGCGAUUGCCCAGAAAGCACAUCUGAGGUGGACCGAAAUGAUGGCAGUAGAAGCAGAGAUGUUAUGGGUACCAAUACUGCGCCUGCUGGUGGCAAUAGUCCUAUGGACGAAGACGAUGUUCAAGAAAUUGGUGAUGAAGAGAGAGAAAAGUUGAUUGAUUUGGACUACUUAACUGGAAACCCACUACCGAGUGAUAUUUUGCUAUAUGCUGUACCUGUGUGUGCCCCUUACAACGCAUUGCAGACAUACAAAUAUCGUGUAAAGAUUACCCCAGGCACUGCAAAGAAAGGGAAAGCUGCCAAAACUGCUAUGAGCUUGUUCCUGCACACACCUGAUGCCACCAACCGUGAGAAGGAGCUCAUGAAGGCAUGCACAGACCCUGAGCUGGUGGCUGCAAUCGUUGGGAAUGCCAAGAUCACAGCGCCUGGCCUCACACAACUGAAGCAGAAACAGAAGCAGAAGGGGAAGAAGUCUGCAAAACAGAACUAA